AUGCUGAUUGUGCUGCGGCUUAUUACUUACUCUGCCUUUUCUCUCUCCCAGCUUCAUGACAAGGCUACAAUGCAUUCCGAACGCGUGCGCCUACUGGGCUGUCUCGGUGCCUCCACCCGUCCCGAACUGAUUGAGCGCCUCUUCCAACUCACCUUCACUGACUUUGUGCGCAAACAGGACCGCUAUCGUGCUCUUCUGGGCGUCACUGGUUCGGCUGCCGGCAGACGUGCACUUUGGCGACUUGUCAAGACACGAAUUGGAACCCUGCCUGAGGAACUAGCCACCCUCAGUAUGCUCUCUUGCGUCCUAGAAGUAAGUUAA